GCGGGCGGAGGGAAGGCGCUGCCGCCGCUGCUGCUGCCGCCUCUCCGGCGGCGACACAGACGCCGGGAGCGGCCGAGGCGAGUGACUUCUUCUGACUUGAGCCUACAGCGUGCUUUGAGAAAUCUGCCACCAGAUUAUCUCGGCUUGGUCUCUGGGAACCACCCAUUAGUGACCGUCAUAAAUUGCAGGGCCCUUGAGCUGCUGGUGAUAAAAUCUGUCGUGAUCCUGUGGAAGGCUCUGUAACCCAAGACGCUGCCCGACUGUACCUUCUGAAUCCUCGCUGCCAGGAUGGGGAAACAGAACAGCAAACUGCGCCCGGAGGUCAUGCAGGAUUUGCUGGAAAGCACAGACUUCACGGAGCACGAGAUCCAGGAGUGGUAUAAAGGCUUCUUGAGAGACUGCCCCAGUGGACACUUGUCAAUGGAAGAGUUUAAGAAAAUUUAUGGGAACUUUUUCCCUUACGGGGAUGCUUCCAAAUUUGCAGAGCAUGUCUUCCGCACCUUUGAUGCCAAUGGCGAUGGGACGAUAGACUUUAGAGAAUUCAUCAUAGCCCUGAGCGUGACAUCGAGGGGGAAGCUGGAGCAGAAGCUGAAAUGGGCCUUCAGCAUGUAUGACCUGGAUGGGAAUGGCUACAUCAGCAAGGCGGAAAUGCUAGAGAUCGUGCAGGCGAUCUAUAAGAUGGUUUCCUCUGUAAUGAAAAUGCCUGAAGAUGAGUCAACCCCAGAGAAAAGGACAGAAAAGAUCUUCCGCCAGAUGGACACCAACAGAGAUGGAAAACUGUCCCUGGAGGAGUUCAUCCGUGGGGCCAAGAGCGACCCGUCCAUAGUGCGCCUUCUGCAGUGCGACCCCAGCAGCGCCGGCCAGUUCUGAGCUCUGCACCCCACGGAUUGUAGAGCUGCUGCUUGUGUUUGUUCCCUUUCCACCUUUCUUUUUAACAAAACUUUUUUUUUUUUUUUUUUGCCAAACAAUAUUGAUGGUGAUGCUGUCCCCCGUGCGGUCAGACGCACCUUCCUCCGUGCCGCCUUCAGCUUCCUCUGUUGUGGGAAUGCCCAGAGCCCCAACGUGCUUGUGGAGAGCAUGGACGUGCCAUCGUGCACGGACUGUGUGCUGUUCGUCGUUCUAUGAUGUCUCAUCAUUCCUAUUGUUAUUUUUCUUCUGAUUCCAAUGUUUCUGUUCUCAGACCGAAGACUUGGGGAGGCUAGAGGGGGCCAAGCAAUCCAGUCCCGGGAUUCUAUGGCUAGCUCCCAGGAGCUUGUUUGAAAAACAAAACUCCCCACCUGGGUCUGGAGCCACUCGUGCCCUCCGGGUGGUGGCUUCCAGGUUCCCCAGGACAGGGGACCCCCUGGGGCUGGGCUCUGAAAGGGGCCUGUAGGCCUCCACUCCACCCUCUUCCCCAGCAGGCUGUAGUGUCUAAGCUGUGAACAUUUCAAGGUUAAUUCAUAGAGAAGAGGAAAAAAGAUGGCUCAGCUGUUUCUUCACAUGGUUUACACUAGUUGAGCUAAGAUGAGUUUCUUUGAAAAUUAAACACAAAUGGUAACCUACCUAACAAAACCAGACCCAUCUUGUUGCCUAUUGUGAUUUAAAAAAAAAAAAAAAAAGACUGCUGUAUAUAAAAUAUUGGGUAUUGCAGACCAAAUUAAGUGUUUUGCCUUGUUUAAAUGAAAUGCAUGUUUAGUGAGCACUAAUACAAUCUUAUUACAGAAGACUGUUUUUAGUAGCUUAAUGUGAAGUAAGCCAACUAUAAUGAAUGUCUGUGUCUUGUUUUAAAGUCAUAUCUGUCUUUGCACAAAUGCACCAAUCAACAGGUAUAUUUUAUAUAUUCCAGAGAAGUUCAAAGUCACCAUGACUAGGGCCCAACCUUAAUUUUGAGUGCAUUUCCAGAGUGGUAGUGUCUACAGGAUAGAAGUAGGGCACAGUUAAGUGGGACAUGUCCAUUGGGCAUCAGAAGGUUUGUCUUUACGAGAGAUGUGAAGUCACCGUUAGCCCACUCAGCCCAGCAGCUCAAUGGGAGUAGACUGGAAGUCUGGUGUUUUUCUGAGUAGAUCAAUAUGCUGUCGACCCAACAACAACAACAACAAAAACACAAAUUCUUGGGACUUCCCAAUGGUUUAACCCACAUGAUGAGUAAGGAGCUGUAUCUGCAGUGUGGACCUUUCCAUGCCCCGGGGCCCUUCAUAGGGUUCAAGGUUGAGCAGUGAGCUGACUCUUCAUGAAGAAGGCAUGGCCCAGAGUAUCUGUGCUUUCCAGGGCCCAUGGUGGGGAAUCCAAAAGUAUUUCCCAUCACCAUGUUCUCUGAAUGCCAAAUUCUGUUUCCAGAAGGGACAGUGCAAAUUUGAGUCACUCUUUGGCUGGUGACCUCACAUACACUAAUUGGAGUACAAAUUGCUGAUCUCAAGUCAGUCAGUUAUAGUUUCACAAGUAGUAGGCCUGGGGAAGUCCAGGCACUCAAGGACCCAGAUGGGGAGGACCUGCCCAGGGAGGAGGCAGAGAGAUCCCUAGUGGGUUUAUCUGCAGCCAAGCUACACCCUGUAGACCACGACCCCCAGAAAGACAAACAUAACUAUGAGGAAGAUGACGCUGAGCCCAUUCCAACUCCAGACUCUUCUUUAUUACUUGAGUCCCUUUUAAGUAGUAGCAAAAAUCUGAAUUUCCAUGGUUGACCAAAAUGAACCAACUUGCCAGGAUGAAAUCUGGAGACCUAAACAC